GUGGAAACACAGUGACACUCGGACCUACACAGGUCGGAACCGUUGUCGCAGCUGGCAGUCCCAAGUAUCACAUCCUCCAACGGAGAAAUGGCGACGACGACAGUGAUCCCAGUUGUGGAGGAGGGCAAGCUCCUCAGCGAGUCACUAAGCACCGUCAAAAUACAAGUCGGCCAGAUGAAGAGACAUUUGGAUGGCGAUGAUAUCAUGGACGCGCUGAAAAGCGCUAGCUUGAUGCUAGCAGAACUCCGGACGUCAUCCUUAUCCCCAAAGCAAUACUACGAACUCUACAUGGCAGUUUUCGACGCUCUGAGACACCUCUCCAACUAUCUCUACGACGCUCACACCCAAUCCCGACACCAUCUCGCAGACCUCUACGAACUCGUUCAAUACGCUGGUAACAUCGUACCGAGAUUGUAUCUCAUGAUCACAGUCGGCGCAGUAUACAUGUCUAUCUCAGAUGCUCCUGUAAAGGAGAUCAUGAAAGAUAUGAUGGAAAUGUCUCGCGGCGUCUUACACCCCAUUCGCGGCCUCUUCUUAAGGCACUAUCUAAGCGGACAGACGAGAGACCAUCUCCCUAUCGGUGUUGAUCCAGGACCGACCGGAAACCUCCAAGACUCCAUCUCCUUCGUCCUAACCAAUUUCAUCGAAAUGAACAAACUCUGGGUCCGCCUCCAACAUCAAGGCCACUCCCGAGACCGCGAAAAGCGCGAGAUGGAAAGACGCGACCUCCGUAUCCUCGUCGGCACCAACCUCGUCCGUCUCUCCCAACUCGACGGCGUAGACCUCGACAUGUACCAAACCAGCAUCCUCCCCGCCAUCCUCGAACAAGUCGUUAAUUGCAAAGACGUGAUCGCGCAGGAGUAUCUGAUGGAGGUCGUUAUUCAGGUAUUUACAGACGAAUUCCAUUUACACACACUCGGUCCGUUCCUAUCAGCUACAGCCCAACUGCAUCCAAAGGUGAACAUCAAACUGAUCGUGAUUGCCCUCAUCGACCGGCUGGCUGCGUAUGCUGCUCGGGAGGCUGAGAGUGAAGACCCGGAGGAGACGAAACGUCAAGAGGAAGCUGCUGCUCGGAGACUUGCGGACAAGGUUAAAGUUCAGAAAGCUCGGGUGCGGGAGAAUGGUGCGACUGUUGUACCCCCCUCGGCGGAGGAUGCUUGGGAUAGCGCUGUUAUUGAUACGGAGAAGCGUUUGGCUGAGAUGGAAGUUAGUGAAGGAGGGGCUACGAAUGGUGUUUCGACGGAGAAGGAGGAGGAGGAGGAUGGAUCGCCUGUUCGCAAAUUCAGGGGUGUUCCAGAGAACGUCCAGUUGUUCGAGGUGUUUUGGAAGCAAGUAGUGGAGCUUAUCAAAGCACGGCCAGACUUGUCGAUACAGGAUAUCACCGCACUGCUUGUAUCCCUUACCAACCUAUCGCUAAGCUGUUAUCCCGACAGGUUAGAAUACGUGGACCAAAUCCUUGGCUUUGCGCAUGACAAAAUCAAGGAGUUCUCAGAAAGCCCUGACCUACACGCACCGCAGACAGCUGCAAACCUCGCCGCUCUCCUAGUAGCUCCUAUAAAUUCCUACCAGUCCGUCCUCACACUUCUCGCAAUCCCGCACUACGUUCCUCUACUCUCCCAGCAAUUAUUCUCGACCCGACGGUCUAUCGCCCACUCGGUUAUUACGAGCGUGCUCAAGAAUGAAACGAUCAUCGAGGCGCCGGACGAUGUCGAUGGAGUCUUGGAGCUUUGUCAUGUUUUGAUCAAGGAUCAGACUGAUUCCGCGGCACCGCAGAGCGCUGGUGCAAAAGAAGUCAGAAGACAAGGACCUUAUCAUACUGAGAGGGAAGAUCUAGCAGAGGAACAAGGUUGGGUUGCAAGGAUGGUGCAUCUGUUCCGUGCAGAUUCGCUGGAUAUCCAAUUUGAUCUGUUACAAACGGCUCGAAAACAUCUUGAAGCUGGUGGCGAGCGGAUGCGCUAUACGUUCCCUGCGCUUAUCACCUCUAGCAUUAAGUUAUGUAGACGGUAUAAGAACUGUGAACAUCUGGAGGAAGGCUGGCAAGACAAGGUCAACACGAUCCUUAAAUUCGUCAGACAAUGUACAUCCAUCCUCGCCACCCAGGUCGACGCCCCAGCACUCGCGUUGAGGCUGUUCCUCCUCGCAGCACAGAUCGCAUCCGAGUGCGGCUCAGGAUUUGAAGAUCUCGCUUAUGAUUUCUAUGUGCAAGCGUUCUCAGUAUACGAAGACAGUAUUUCAGAAAGCAGAGCGCAGCUUGCUGCUAUCACUCUUAUCAUCGGUACUCUUCAAGGCGCAAGAGUAUUUAAUAUCGACGGGUAUGAUACGCUGAUAACGAAGGCUGCUUUGCACGGUGCGAGGUUGUUGAAGAAGCAGCAUCAGGCGACGGCGGUGCACGCUGCUAGCCAUCUGUGGUGGCAAGAACCUGUGGAAGAGGAGGGCGAGGCUGAUGGACCUGCUCCGAAGGAGUCUGAGAAGGCUGUUUUCCCCCCUAGAGAGGAUGGUGAAGGUGUUAAAGCGUACCCGCAUCAGGACAGUAAACGUGUGCUGGAGUGCCUCCAGAAGUCGCUGCGCAUAGCAAAUUCUGCUACGGAGGAGAUAGUCACCGUCCAGCUUUAUUGUGACACGCUUGAUCAAUAUUUGUAUUAUUUCGACCGUGGCGCACCUGCAAUCGCGCCUAAAUUUAUAGUGUCACUUGUUGAACUGAUCGCCUCCUCCAUUGACACGAUAACAUCGCCAUCCUCGUCAUCGUCAUAUCUCCACCCCUCACAAAGAAUAGAAGGCGUCGCGACACCCGAAGUGAUCACUCGGCACUUCCGCAAUACUCUCGCGUAUAUUCACGGGAAGAAAACGGCGGAGAACCCAGGACAAUGGGAUGAAGUCGAGGUAGUGGGGGCGUUUCUAAAGAUGGGCAUCACGCGGUAGCUGCUGCGUGACUCUGAGUGAUCGUGGUUGAACUUGGGUUGGAUCAUGCUUUGUUCUAACUUGCUGUUGUUGUCGUUUUUAGUUAGUGUGUACUUAUGACGACUGCUUCUGGUGGGUCGUGGUUUUUGUAUAUAAUACCUCGCGCUUUUUACUUUCGUGGGGUCCUGAUUGAAGUGAAGCGCAAUGUCUUACGUAACACGA